ACAAUAGAAUAAAAAAAUAUCACUAUCCUUGGGACAUAAAAAAAUUCAUAUAUUAUCUACAUAAUAUACGCAAACGUUAUAAUCAAAAUGAUGCGAAUUCGGCAAUAUUCACCCAUGAGAAGGGUUUCAUGCUGCGAUUUUAUCGUGUGUUUACUGAUUUUGUCAGAACUGCUGAAUAUUACAUCACGAAAAAAUCUACCUAAAAAAAAUAAACGGGAACUAAAUCUCCUGGUGUAGCCUAACACGUGUGUGUGUAUUUGUUUGUAUAUGUGUAUUUAUUUGUUUGUAUGUAAGUGUGUAUGCCAUUAUUGACAAGUAUACUUUUUUUUCGAAACAGUGGCUUCCCUUUCUAACUUCCAGGUUCUGUUUUUUCCAAUACUGUUUUUUCUUUAUGAUUAUUUUUUUUUUUUAUGUUUUUUAUGUAAAUAAACUUGUUCGUGUCGUCUUUGUCUGUUUUUUCUUUCAUUUUACGUGUUCUCUUCGUGUAAAAUUAGCGACCAGUUGAAAUUCGAACCCGUAAUAUCUAGAUGUCCCGUCCACCGCUCGUUUUGCUCCUCGCCUAUGGAAAAGUACACGAUAUCCCACGAGAGGUGCAUUGUUCUUCUUUCGUAAAAAGAAACCUCUGCACUCCCACUACACAUAAUCCGCUAAGAGGGAUGACUAACUAUUGAAAAAGAGGCGAUGCUAGUGCGGUUAUGGUUGGCGGUAUUAAUGACCGAGUUGUUGACGGUGGUCGCCUUCAAACCGCUGGAGGCUAAUUUAACACGCGAUGGACACUCAUUGAAACAAAUGAAUGUUGUACCUCCCGAUUCUGAUUACAUUGUCCCAGUAACCAAAUCUCGAACAAAGUUCCUCAUUUUGAUACACCAAGACUCCGACCGGAAUCUGUCCGUGACCGUCACGCCGUCGUGCAACUCCAUUCUCAACUGGGACUUGAAGUUUAUACCUCUAACAAAAUAUAACCAAACAGUCAUCAUAUCAAGGAACAAUAAUAAGUCAAGUGAUAUUGGAAGGUUACUCAUAGAAUACACGGGUGUAUCCAUACCCGCCACGUAUCAACAUGGCAAAGCGAAAAGAGGCCUUUACGUGAUAUCAGCCCAGACGGCAACAGAUGAAGAUUCAAAGGUUAUGUUUUACGUAGGACUCAAUCAAAAUUCACCAAAAAAUCAAUUUGGCUUCCGUUCAAAUGGAAUAAAAAUCAAAAAAGGCGGUCAAAAAAUUUAUUUAAGAUGGAAUCUAAGCCAUAUAGAUCAUCAUUUAAUGAAGUACAGUCUUGUGAUCAGCUCGUCAAAAAUAUACUCGACGAUCUGUGAAGCUGAAAUGCGUUUGGAAGAAAAACUAACAACAAAUUUGACGUAUACUGAGGAUGAUUUACAGCCUGAAGACAGAUUAGAGAUACAUCAUCUGGAACAUAACACAAGCUAUACCAUGACUGAUUUAAUUUAUGAUGAGACGUACUAUUUUACUGUAUUUGUGUUCCAUGAACUUCAUAUAGCUACACACCAUGCCAACGCUACAUAUAAAUUUCAGAAAUCCAAACCCAUUGGACUAAAAGAUGCGAAGCCCAGAGUUAUCAAUCUGAGGGCUCAAAAUGGAAAAGCAUCCUUCAGGUACAAGGUGGGAAAUAAAAGGCAGUUGGAAAAAGAUGUCCACCCUAACACAUUAUAUUGGUACGUCAUGCCAUGCGAUGGAGUGGUAUACGUUGAAAUCCGUUGUAGAAAAACGUUAUUAAUAAGCAAAAGAGUUUUUGGUUACGAGAAAUUCAUCAUAAACAACACUAAGAGUGGAGAAAGAUACGUGUUAAAAGUGGAAUCCGUAUCUGUAGAUGAGACUCAACGCAUCAGAUCAAUCGAGGUAAUGGCCACCGUACGACCAACGAUGAUUCCAAUGCCAGAUAUGCCACGUGAUUUAAGUGUCCAACAAUAUGUCGGACCAGAUGAUUGUAAUUCAGUGAAGAUCGGUUGGUUUUCCGCAAACUCGUUGACUGAUUUAAAAUACUGCGUGUACGUACAGGAGAAUAGUAACAACUUGGAAAGUGUAGAUUUUUCAGUCAAGCCAGAUCAGUGCAAAGUUAGGUACGGCAAAAGCAGGAGAAGCGAUGUUUCUAAUAAUUAUCGAACGAAGACUCGAUGUUACAUUGGCGAAAAAGGGAUAGUUUUAGUAGAAAAGAUACUCAAACUUAAACCGUUAACAACCUAUACCAUUCAAGUGACAGUUACUAAACCAAGAGGAAGAACGCUAUCAUACGAUUUACUAAAGUUGGACACAUACUCGUGUGGGCUUAACUAAAAGACUAAUUGUAUCACUUUUGCUGGAAACCAACAAAAGCCAUUCAUCCAUCAUUAUUGACAAAAAUGUCGCCGAUCGGUCGCAUUCGUUUCGUCAUCUUCUUCAUCCUGUAAAUUGUAAUCCUUCAUAGUAUUAUUAUACGUUUAAAUACUUUAUAUCGUAACUAUAUUGUAGAUUUUAUUAUUGUUACUAUUAAUUUUUAUUAUCUAUAUUUAUUGAAAAUAAAAUCGACUCCCAAGGAUUUACUUGGUAUUGUGGUACUGUGGCGUUAAAAAAAAUAAUAAUAAUCUAAAGCUAAAAGGAAUGUGGAACGCCCCAUCAAGAAAACAUCUGGCGUAUUCAGAACCACGACAGAUAGUUUGUAUACAUACAGGAAAGUGAUUAAACAGGUACAAUUCGUUUAAAAAAUACCGAAAUAAAAAUAAAUUGAGUAGUUUAAGGGAGGUUAUACAUUUAUAUAUAUAUACAAAUAUAUAUAGGUAUAUAUUAAAACAUAUAUCAAUAAAACGUUGAUGAGUUGGAAAAAAAACAUUAACAAUAGGUACCUUAGAGCAUAUUAUUAUUAUUAGGUACUGUGCUGAUAGGGUAAUCAUGUCAGAAAAUAUAUGCUUAAAGAAUUCGAGUCCAUUAAAUUUGGGGUACUGUUGCUAUGUAUAGGGAACAUACUACGCACAUUAUAUUAAGGGUUAGUGAACCCCGAAGCGAAGGGGGAGAAUAACCUUCGGUUAAUUUAAUGAGUUCCAGAUUUUUUUCCUGUUUUUCAAGGGUUGGUUAUAAUAACAUCGACGGACUCACCUUUCAAUGAAGCAGUUUAAAAUAUAGAAUACAUCUCAUAUGCAUUGUACCUUUAUUCUUUUGUUAACAAUAUAUUAAACUGUAUACAUCUCAAAUUA